UACACAGAGUGUGGACAGUCAGCUGUGGACAUCCCAUCUCAGACAUUCACAAGACACACACGAACACAAUGAGAGCCGCAUCGGUAUUGCUAUUGAUCUGCAUCGGUUGUGCUUUAACCUUUGCUGAUGAGCAGGAGGACAAGUCGGGGGGCGACAGGAAGAUCGUACGCAUACUGAUGGGCAUCAGCGAACAGCUGGAGGCGCUGGACCACAAGGCGAUUGAAGUGAUCAAACAUCAGAAAGGAGUCGAGCACAAGCUCAAGGAUCAGCGUGAACAGAUCGGGGGCCUUGUGCGACUGGAGAAUGGACUGGUUAAACUGGAGAAGGACACGUCCGAGAGUUUCAAGUUGACGGCCACAGGCGUGAGAAAUCUGACGGCCAUUGUUAAGUCUUCCCAGAGCCAGAACGCAAAUGCCAUCAGGAAUCUGGUCAAGGUGGAGAAUGAGAUCAAAAGAGCUUUGGGCAAGGUCGAUGCCGUGCAAAACAAACACCAGGAGGAACUCAGCAAGGUGACCAAAUCCGUGGACAAGCAUCUGGGGGAGAUUGAACAGCUGCUGAAGCAGGGAGUCAUCAAGGAGCUUGCCUCGCUGGACAGGAAGGCCAAAGGUCUGCAGCAGCAGCAGCGGAACAUUGAGGCCAAAGUGGUCUACUUGGAUGAGCUAAAUGCGAUGACCAGUCGCGCGAAUCGGAAAGUGGAUCAUCUGGAGCAGGGACUGCGCUCGCUUAACUACACCCAAGCGGAGAGUCUGGCUGGCAUUGAGAAGAUAAUAAUCGCAGUGCAUGGAGACAACUCGCAGAUUGAGCACAAACUGGGCGCACUACUCAGCAAUCAGAAGAACAUUGAGCGGAGUCUAGAGGUGUGCAAGCGUUGGCAGCAUCAACAUCCAGGCCCAGGCAAUGGGAAGCCACACACAGGAUACACACCCGUGCCCGUCCACCAUUCGCAGCCGAGGCAAAAGCCGCAGGAGUACGAGACCAGCUACGCCACAAACGAGGAGACCGAAUACCUGUACAAGCUCUGGUACGGCAAGGACAAAGAAUAAAGCAACUUUCGUCAACUUUCUUGCUUCAAUUUAACAACAGAAAAUCUCACUCAGUUUAAACAUAAAUAAAUGCAAAUGCAAU